ACCGAACUAGGGUUUCUACUUUCCGGGGGUCAUGGCUUGCACUAUAGAUUUCAGGUGUUUGGAUGAAGGCUUUGGAGGCAAAACCUACAAGCGAAAGCGACAAGCCGCCGAAGCUUACGAUAACGAUGGCGCUUCCAUGGACAUCGACGAUUCAUGUCCCCCGGCGGCGAAGCGGUCUGCUAUCCCCUCCUCUGACGAUCCAAACAAGCCAUCCUUCGGCCGGCCUACUUAUGACGGUGUGAUAGCGGGAAAAGUCUCGGGGCGAAACUGGAAGCAGCCUCGGAAGCAUCGGGCGUCGGCGAAGCAGGUGAGUCUGAAGCGGUCGAGCUUGGAGGAGAGACAGCGGCAGAAGGAGCUGAAUAGGGCGUACAAGGAACGAAUGAAUGAAUUGAAAGAAGAGAUUAGGCAAAACAAGGUUGAGAAGAGGAAGAAGAGAGAGGAGAGGGAGAAGAAGAAAAAGGAAAAUAUAAUGAGGUCUGGGACAAAGUUUCAGAAAAUCAGCAAUCCUAAUACUCUGAAGAAGAUUGCCAAGUCUAAGCAGAGGAAGCUCCUCCAAGUUGUUCCUGAUGAUUUGGUGAACAAGAGGAGAAACAACAAUAACAAGUAGCCUUUCGGAAUUUAGUUUUAUUUUCUUCUUCUUUUUGUUAUUAUGUAUUUUUGGUUCUAUUUGCCUAUUUGAAAUGAAUUAUUAUUAUUAUUAUUAUCAUCAUUUCUUUCAAUGGAGGCUGUAGAAGUUUUGGUUGGAACUGGAAAAUCAGCUCUGUUUAUAUAUAAUAAUUAUAAUUAUAAUAA